AUGUCGGAAAAGUUAAAGGUGGCCUUUCUAGGCCCGCUGGCCUCCUUCUCGCACCAGGCUGCCGCCGAAUCCUUUGCUAAAACAUCAGCCGAGUUAUUCCCCCACGUUUGCUUCGCCGAUGCCUUCGCCGCAGUACAACAACAAGAAGCCGAUUACGCCGUGAUCCCCUGCGAAAACUCCACCAAUGGCUCCGUCGUACAAACCCUAGACCUCCUCGCCGACCGAUCAGACUUGUAUAAAGAUGUCAAAUCCACAAGGGCUCAUAUCCGGGGGGGACUCCCGAGCUACGACGGGAAAAUCACAAAGCUAUACACACACCCGCAAGCCUGGGGCCAAUGUGACAAAUUCCUAGCCAAAUAUUUCAAGGGAGUCGAGCGACAGGAUGUAUCAUCUACAUCUAAAGGAGCGGAGAUCGUGUCCAAGGAGACCGAGGCCGACGAGCGCGGCGGUGCUAUCGCGAGUCGAUUCGCGGCUGAGUAUCACGGCGUCGAUGCUUUAGAAGAAAAUAUCGAGGACCGCGCGGAUAAUACUACCCGCUUCCUCAUUCUGAGGAAUAUCCUCGCAGACCGGACGGCGGGGCUUCAAUUUGAACAGCCCAAUGUUCCCAAUGGAGGAGAUGCGCAGCCCCAUCACGAAGCUACACACAAGACUCUCGUCUCCUUCUCGAUCGACCACUCUUCACCAGGAGCUCUGGCAAAUGCACUGCUCAUUUUCAAAGCCCAUGGCUUGAAUUUGACUAGUAUCAACACAAGACCUAGUUUGAAACGGGCCUGGCAGUAUAUUUUCUUCGUCGAGUGCAGUCGGACACCGUGUGCUGAGAACAAUGAUGCUGUAUUGAAGGCUUUGAAUGAUCUCAGAGGUGUUACUGAGUCAUGUAGAGAUCUGGGGACUUGGAAAGAUCAGUUGGGCGUGAGCAUUAUUUAG